AUGGCGGCAUAUAUCUGGGGCACUCCUGUAGACGUAGAAAUACGUCUAGAAGCUGAAGAGGCACGAAGGCAGUAUGAAGUCAAGCUGGAGAAGGACCGAAGAGAGUCUUUGGCCGUCUAUCUUGACGGGGAGAGCGUGGUUGGACAGGCAACCGUGCGAUUACGCGAUGGCAAGAAGCUUGCGCAUGACGGGAUCAAGAUAGAGUUCAUUGGUUGCAUAGAGCUGUUCUACGACCGAGGAAGCCACUACGAAUUUCUCUCGCUAUCACAAGAGCUUGCCGCUCCUGGAGAGAUGCGACAGGCCCAAACAUUUGACUUUCAUUUCAAGAACGUAGAGAAGCAGUUUGAGAGCUAUCAAGGCAUCAACGUCAAGCUGCGAUACUUCCUCAAGUUGACUAUCUCGCGGCGGUUGGCGGAUGUCGUCAAAGAGAAGGAUAUUUGGGUACAUUCGUACCGAAUGCCACCAGAGUCGAAUAACUCCAUCAAGAUGGAAGUCGGUAUCGAGGAUUGCUUGCACAUCGAGUUUGAGUACAACAAAUCAAAGUAUCACCUCAAGGAUGUUAUUGUGGGCAAGAUUUACUUCUUGCUUGUACGGAUAAAGAUUAAACACAUGGAGCUGUCGAUCAUACGGCGUGAGACGACUGGCUCUGUUCCGAACCAGUACAACGAGUCGGAGACGAUUACCAAGUUUGAAAUUAUGGAUGGAGCUCCUGUUCGCGGCGAGACCAUUCCCAUUCGACUGUUCCUUGGUGGCUUUGACCUUACGCCAACGUUCCGAGACGUGAACAAGAAGUUUAGCGUCCGGUACUACCUCAACCUGGUCCUGAUUGAUGAGGAAAACCGACGAUAUUUCAAACAGCAAGAGAUUACCGUCUUCAGAAUCCCCGAGAAUUGA